AUGCCUGCCGCACAUCAAGCAGCCCAAGCAGCAGCCGUAGUUGCAGCCACACCGCAAAGAAAGAAAUUAUCAGGACGAUAUGCUCUUUCUGAUUUCGCAGUAGAGAGAACUUUGGGAACAGGUAGUUUUGGCCGUGUUCACUUGGUCAGAAGUAGGCAUAAUGGACGGUUCUAUGCAAUCAAAGUUCUUCGAAAAGAGCAAGUUGUACGCAUGAAACAGGUCGAACACACAAAUAGCGAAAGAGCUGUUCUGGAAGUCGUCAGACAUCCAUUCUUGGUCAAUUUAUGGGGCACAUUCUCUGACCCAACGUUCUUGUAUAUGGUCAUGGACUUUGUGCCCGGAGGAGAGCUGUUUACACUUUUACGUAAGUCCCAAAGGUUCCCACAUCCGGUCGCUAAAUUCUACGCAGCAGAAGUAGCAUUGGCAAUCGAUUAUCUGCAUCAAAAUGGCUUCAUUUAUCGUGAUUUGAAGCCGGAAAAUAUCCUUCUGAGCGCUGAUGGACAUCUAAAGAUUACCGAUUUCGGAUUUGCCAAGUAUGUUCCAGAUGUCACUUGGACGCUUUGUGGAACGCCGGAUUAUCUUGCGCCAGAGAUCGUAUCUUCUAAAGGAUACAACAAAAGUGUCGAUUGGUGGGCAUUGGGUGUAUUGUUAUUCGAAAUGUUGGCAGGACAUCCACCUUUCUUUACCGAAGACGGCAAUCCGAUCAAAUUGUACGAAAAGAUUAUCGCAUGCAAAGUUCGUUAUCCGCCAUACUUUGAACCAGCAGCAAAAGAUUUGUUAAAGUCUUUAUUGACGGCCGAUCUAACGAAACGAUUUGGAAAUCUUCACCGUGGAUCAAAAGAUAUCUUUGGACACCUUUGGUUUGCCGAAGUGGAUUGGGAUAGACUUUACAGACGUGAAAUUCCUGCGCCUUAUUUGCCAACCGUAUCCACAGAUGGUGACGCAAGUCAAUUUGAACGUUAUCCCGAAAACGAUUUGGCCGAAUAUACGAUGCACGAUGCUCCAGAUGUUUAUGGACAUUUAUUCGUCGACUUUUAG